CUUUCCUGCCCUCUGCCCAUAAAGCUUAUCUUGUCGCUCCUUCUUCUCGCUGCUCUUUCUAAAUGGCCUCGUACGACCCCUCCAAGUCCCCGUUUUCUCCCCCAGCCUCUCCCAAUUUCUCUUCUCCCUCUCUUUCUCUCCCAACCCUUAACUGCAUCAAUCACAUUGUCCCUCUACCCUCGCAUCAAACACUGCCCGAACUGCAUUUUACCCCCCGUAUACCUAUUCUGGCAUCCAGAUAUUGUCCGACUAGAUAGCUAUUGGUGUAUCUCUUUCUGCUCCAUCCCACUCAGUCAUCAUGCGGCUUUCUGCCUUCGGCACGGCAGCCUGUCUCGUCACCUCUUCGGCCUACGUUGCUGCCCAGACGUUUACAGACUGCAACCCAUUGAAGAAGUCAUGCCCUCCUGAUCCAGCGCUGGGGAGAUCCGUUACCUACGAUUUCACCCAAGGCCCGUCCUCAGACUGGAAAGCCAUUGGUGGAACGCCAACCUAUGGCAGCAAUGGCGCUGCAUUUUCUGUGGCUAAACAGGGCGACUCUCCAUUGAUCCAGUCAAAUUGGUACAUCAUGUUCGGCCGGGUCGACUUGGUGAUCAAAGCCGCCCCGGGACAGGGCAUUGUCAGCAGUGCAGUGCUGGAAUCUGAUGAUCUGGAUGAGAUUGACUGGGAGUGGAUAGGAGGCAAAGAUAAUGAGGUUCAGAGUAAUUACUUCGGGAAAGGAGACACUUCGUCGUACAGCCGCGGAGCCUUCCAUGACGCUCCCGCGAAUCACGAUGAAUUUCACACCUACACUGUUGAGUGGACCAGUGAACAGAUGGUCUGGCAGAUUGAUGGUAAGACUGUUCGAGUUGUUACACCCGAAUCCGCUCCUCCCAAUCAAUACCCCCAGUCGCCCAUGAUGGUUAGGGUUGGAAUCUGGGCUGGAGGAGACCCCAACAAUCAACAGGGAACUAUUGACUGGGCCGGUGGCUUGACGGACUAUAGCAAGGGCCCCUACACCAUGUAUCUUAAAUCCGCUUCCAUAACCGACUAUUCAACCGGCAAAUCAUACUCGUACGGCGACAACAGCGGUUCAUGGCAAUCCAUCAUAUCUGACGGCGGCAAGAUUAAUGGAAACAGCGAUGGUGCUCCUGAUGCUAUCGAGUCUGCACCACCAGUGACCGCAACAAUUGAAGAGCCAGUCCCCUGGAGUGGAACACAUCGUGAGACAUCCAGUUUUGUCACCCCGAGCGUGUGGCCUUGGGUACCCAAUGCGCCUUCUGCGUCGUCUGUUGCGAGGCCGACAUCUGUACCCGCUGGCUGGACAUCCGGCUCCGAGCAAGCCCAGCCGCCUAGCGCGGCUUCUGUGAGUGAGCACUCCCCGUCACUUUCUUAUCCUUCUCCCCAUAUUACUAAAACCAAUACUCUCUUUUCGCAGUCUACGGUCCACUCUACCUCGGCUUCGUUAGCUUCUGUCUCGGCUUCGCCUUCCUCUGGCCUUGAGGCAACGAAGUUGACGCCAACCUCCUCUGUUGCUCUGGCUUCUUCCCCCAUUGCUAAGUCGGUUGAUGGUCCCUCUGCCAGGGUUACGACAUUGACUACAUCAACCACAAAGAAUUCAUUUACCGCGGAACUGGCCGCCGCGACACCCUUUCAAGGUGCUGCGGGUAGCAUCGUCAAGGCUCCAGUAAUGAGUACUUUCUUUGCUUUUCUAGGCGUUAUUUUUGCGGUUUUCUACUCUUGACGACUACACUAUUAUGGAUACCAACUGCAUUUUAUACCCAUAAACCAUCCCACCAGAGUCAUUAAUGAGCAUUCUCUGGGGGGGGUAGAGCUGUGGUGUUUACGGGAGUUUGGCUUUUUUCCUUCUGUUCUUUCUUCGUCAAAAGUUCACCAUUAUGUAUUAAUACGACGUCAUGCGAUAGACCCGGAAUGAUUCUUUGGGAAGCCAAGAUGAGACGAGCCGGAGAUUCUUUUUGGGCAUUAUGACUUAUGGGUUCACACGAGGAAUGCUGUUGUUAAUCACUCUUUAGAUCAUGAUAGAUAGUUCAAUCUCAUUCUCUC